AUAUUUACCUACAUUAACAGAUUGUAAUUCUCUAUAUAAAUUUCAAAAAGUAUGAAGAAUGAAUAUAUUCAAAGCAGCAAAAAGCAUCGCGUUAAAACAAAGAAAAAACGGUUAUUGGUAGGAGAAAAACAUCUGACAAUAAUUAGUUAAUUACUGUUUCUUAUUCACUACCAGACGAAAGGUUGUUAUCAUAUUUACCACAACAUCAGUGUUUAUAUUUUACAAUUACCAGUACAAUGGCUGAGAAAGAAACGUUGAUUAAACAUAUAAGAAAACUAUUACAUAAACUUUCACUAACGGAAAAGUUAAUAAACAUAACACCCAGUGCAUUAAGUGGGGAUGGUUAUUUAGGUAUGAUUACAAAAGUAUAUCUGGUAGCAGUGAAUAAUAAUGGGUCAACCAAAACAUUAAAUUUAAUAGUGAAAAGUGCUACAGCAAACCCUGGUGUUCGAAGCCAACUAAGAAUCGAUGUGGCGUUCAAAACCGAAUCGAUCUUUUACGAAAAAAUCUUCACUGUUUUUGACCGGCUUCAAACGGAAAAUGGGAUCACAGAACCAUUUAUAUCUGUCCCAUGUUACUAUACGUGUACGGAUUAUUUGGACGAAACCCUUAUUUUAGAAGACAUGAAGGAACAAAAUUAUUUGAUGUACAAAAAAUCGACUAGCCUAGAUUACGACCACAUAAUCUUAUCUUUAAAAACUUACGCCAAGUUUCACGCUCUGUCUUUUGCCCUUCGCGAUCAAAAAUCGGAUAUUUUUGAACAACUGAGACAAGAAGUUAAAACAACAUUCACCAAUUCGCAUCCUAAAGAAUUGUUACAGAAAUUUAUGGAAAGUAGUAAUGCAGACUUGUUAGCAUCAUUAAGCCAGGAUGAAAGAAUUCAAAAUAAAAUGAAAGAAAUCGUUAAAAGAAGUGUUGAAACACUACUGGACGAAGGGACACAAGAAAAUGAAUAUUGUGUUUUUAUUCACGGUGAUUGUUGGUUAAACAAUCUUUUGUUUAAAUAUGGGAAUUCUCUGAAGCCCAACACUCCUACAGAAAUGCGCCUUUUGGAUUUUCAAUUUUCAACGGUGGCUUCUCCCGCAUCAGAAGUUUCCUCAUUCUUUUUCAUAAACAUUGCCAACGAAUUACUCGUUGAUAAGCACGAUCAAUUUUUGGAAUUGUACCACAAAACUCUUUCCGACUUUCUCGUAAAGUUGGGUAGUGACCCUAAUAAGCUGUUCCCGUGGGACGGUCUCAAGCAACAAAUGAAAAAGUAUUCUAUACGAGGAUUGUUAUCAAGUCUUCAAGCCAUUAGAUUAUUAAGAGUUGAAUCUGAUAAAUUGCCCAAUCUAAACAAUUGUACUGAUUUUGAUGAUGUUGUAAAACAAUUCGAUACUUCUUUUGAAAAGAAUGAAGAUUAUUAUAAAGCCCUUAGAGAUAUUUCGUUACUUUGUGAUAAAUUAGGAUACAUUUAAUGAGUACUUAUUAAAUAUAUGUAUUCUUGGUAAUAUUGUAAUUACAUAAUUAAAAUGUAUCUAAAAACUUUUAUUAGUUUCUUUUUAAAUACAUCAUUACUAAUUGUUGUUAAGCAAGUAUCAACUAUAUAAUUAAUAAUAAGUCGGAAGUACAAUGGAAUUCGUUUAUUAUGACUCCG